CAGGAAGAAGGGGGAUACUUUCUCCUAAUUCUACUUUUCCAAUGAAGUCACUUCUCUCCCACCAGUAAACAAGCAACCAGUCCAGUCUGGUCUCAACAUGGCUUUCAAAUCUGGCCUCAAACACUAUUAACUGUGUGACUCCAGGCAAGUCAUUUAACCCUGUUUGCCUCUUUUUCCUCAUCUGUAAAAUGAGCUGGGGCAGGAACUGGAAAAUCAUUCCCAUUUCUUUGCCAAGAAAAUCCCAAAUGGGAUCACAAAAAGUUGGACAUAGCUUAAAGAAGUGAAGAAUUUGGUUUUUGCCUCUUCUGCUUUUUGGGGUUCACUCUCUUCCUAUUUCUAUGCUUUCUAGUGACAAUGUAUUUCUUAGAUGUUUUAACAGGUGAAAGGAAAGACUGAAGGAAAAAGGAAAAAUGCAAUGUGUGGCAGAGUAAAAAUACAGGAUCGUGCUGGAGUGCAAGGGACAGAAUGUUCAUGAGGCACUCUGGGAAUUCUGAGAGAAGCUUCUGAGGGGGCUUAAACUGCCUGCCCUAGGGGGAGACUUUUGGGAGAUUGGGAGAUUUCUCAGCUCCUAGACUUUCCACUCCUCGGAUGGUGCUUCAGAGUAUCCUGUGUACUCUUUCUGGAUCCUGUCAGAUCCACUAGAUUCCUGCCAGCAUUUCCUGACCUGAGCGGCUUCUAUUUGACUACUUGGAAGAGAAACACCCAGCUUGACUAAUCUGAACUGCUACUUUUCCUCAACAGGCUGAGUCUAGAGUCUGUGGUGAUCAGAUCACCAGACCCCUGAUCCAGCCAACUAUCUUUGCAACCUUACCAAGAACUAUUUUGGGUGGGCUAAAAUUAGGCAGCUACAGACAGGGAAUUUGGGAAACAGCAGUCAGGAAGGGUUGUCAGAUAGCAUACAAGACACAGAAGAGAGACUUGUGAAAGUCUCCUAGUUUGUGGGAAAGCUUAGAGUUAAUAGCCUAAGGACCCCUCAGCCCGCCAUCCUCACCCAGUCCUUGUUGUUUUCACUCAUCAAACCUGUUGUUAUCAAGAGCAAAGCAGUCAGAUUUGUAUUUUUUAGAGCUCCAGACCAGAGGGUAGCCAUCUUGCCUUUGGGGCCUGGGAGGAAACAGCUACAUUGAAUUUCUAAGUUACUAACCUCAUUUAUGAGUCAAACUGCAAUCUUUCAAAGGUAGAACACUACAUAAGAAACAGAUGCAGGGCAAAAAAUAAAAAUCCAGCAUUGACAAAUUCAAAAUCACUGUUCAACCUGACCGAUUUACUCAUCCAGACCCUGGAAGAAAGGCUGGAUCAUUGACAAGAUAAAGUAUAUAUUUAUAUUGCUGUAUGCCCAUACUGCCCCAUCCCCUUUAUAAUUAUACCAACAUAUAGUCUCUAGGAUCUGUCUUCAAGAGGAGGAUCCUCAGACUGGAAUUAAUAUUUAACACCUUAAAUAGGAAUAGAUUGAGUAAGAACAAUGUAUAUACAGUGGUUAGAAUUGUGAAGAUCAAACCGUAAGGCCGUAUACAAAUGUUAUUAUUGAGCAUCAAUAAUGUUUAAAUGACAAGUGGGGUGGUGAUGGAAGAGAGGGUAAGAUAAUGGCAGUUGGAUGGCCAGUGAGACUCGAGAAAAUAACUGGAGAGUAGAGUGGUAUGUCUGAGACCUGCCUGAAGUAGUAGAUGAGGUGAGACAGCAAUCUGGAUAAUUGGGCCCCAGGGCAGAAGUUCAGGAGAUUCAAGGGUUAAAUUCCUCAGGGCAUUGUCCCUGUUUUGCCUUGAACACUGUCCUCCCCAACUGUGACCUUUCCACCCUCCCCACCCCCCAGAAUAGCUUCUGAAUCUAUCAAGAAAGUACUUCUCUAGUGGUCUCCCAGCUAGAAAUUUCUAUAGGAUUCUUCUCCUUCCUGGGCUUCUGACUGGGACAAUCAGAGAAGCAGCUCUUGCUUUCCCCUUUUGAUUCAGUGUGUUAAAACUAAAUGAAAACUCUGGUCCUUAGCUUCUAUAGAGUUCAUUAAUAUUUACUUGAAAUAGAGAGCAGAGCAGUAGAGAGAUUUUAGAUUUAGAUUUUAGAUUUAAGCCUUAGAAAAGGCUUAACUCUCAGCACGGUGGCGCUUCUCCACAUGGCUAUCUAUCUCAGCCACUGUCUUCUCCCCAAGGUCCAAGAUAAUGGAGAGAGCAGCAUUCCUAGUCUCAAACCUUUUUAACCUCCCCCCCCCCCCCUCCCUUCCAGGUCAAUCUCAAUCAUCUCCAGAUCAAAUAUGUAGGCCACAGUCUCAUGCCCUAUGCUGAAGCUGGAGCUCACUCUAGUGAUAUCCACUCAAGUGACAUCAAGCCAUCAGGCCAGGGACACAGGUAAGACCCCAGCAGGUUCCCUUCACGCCAGUGAGAGAGACUUCCUUAGCCAUAAAGCUAUUUUCCUACUCUAAGCUUUGCCUUUAUGCCAUUUCUUUCUUUACUUGGGAUUCUCUAUUUCAGCACUGGUUCUGUGGAGUUUUUGUUCAGUCGUUUUGAGUUGUGUUCAACUCUUCCUAACCCUUUUAGGGGUUUUCUAGGCAAAGAUACAGGAAUGAUUUGAUAUUUCCUUUCCAGCUCAUUUCACAGAUGAUGAACAGAGGCAAAUAGGGUUAAAGAACUUGCCCAGACUUAUGAGAAAGAACGCUAUCCACAUCCAGAGGCAUAGAAACACAGAAGAAAAACAUUUGCUCGAUCACAUAGAUUGUUGGGGAUAUGAUUGAGGAUGUAGACUCUAAAUGAUCACCCUAAUGCAAAUAUCAAUAAUAUGGAAAGAGGUCUUGAUCAAUGACACAUGUAAAACCCAGUGGAAUUGUGUGUUGGCUGGAGGGGGUGGGGGAGAACAUGAAUCAUGUAACCAUGGAAAAAUAUUCUCAAUUAAUUAAAUACAAAUUUUCAAUUAACAAAAAAGAACUUGGCCAGGGUCACAUGGCUAGAAAGUGUCUUAGGCCAGACUGAACUCAUUAAGAUGAGUCUUCCUAUCUUUUGUAGCCUAGUUACCCCAAAGUAGUCUUUUAGAAGGAAGGUCUUCGAGUCCAACCUCACAUUUGAUAGAUAAGGAAGUCAAUGUUUGUAGCUGUGGCUUUCUACACAAAAGAGGGAAUGUUUCCUAUCAGUUGCAGAAGUUAAAUGCCUCUUCGGAACACCUUCCUGACCCAACUUCCCUUUCUCUCAUUUCUGGCAUCCUCCUCUAAUCUUCCUCUGUCCAGUCUGUCUUGAAAUUCUCCUAGCAGUUACACUGCAAAGAUUCCCCUCCUACCAAAAUCAGGAGUAGAAUCAUAACCUGGACUGGUUUUCAUAGGCUUGUGGGAAGGAUGCAUUUUUCUAGAAGACUAUGGCGUCUCUUCCUAUACGCAGAACUAUAGAAAAGUCAAAGCAGCACACCUAAAAUAAAAAGGGAGGUAACUGUAUGGAGAUGGACCAGGAAUAAUAGAAUUGGACUACAGGGUCUGUCAAUGGAAUAUGACCUAAGUCCAUAAAGUUAUGCAUGAGAAGUGCUCAACACAGACUUGAUGCCCUAGUUUCAGAGUACUCAAAUAAAGGAGUAAUCUUGAAGUGUUAAAUGAGUAACUUGAGGACAAGUUAAAGUACUAUUACAUAGAAUAAGUAAUGUAUAUGAAGGAUUCAUUAUCUUCAAAAGAUUGAAUAUAUGAAUAGAUUAAAAUAGGCUUAGUGUGUGGAAAAAGAGACAGGAGUGACCCAAGGAUGGGCUGCUGCCACUGCUACAACCUGUAUCCCAGACUGUGCUACUCCCUCCUUUCUCCCCUUCAUCAUCACCACUAUGCCCAAGAGAAAGGCUGAAGGAGAUGCUAGGGGAGACAAAACCAAGGUUAAGGACAAACCGCAGAGGAGAUCUGCAUGGUUAUCUGCUAAAUCUGCCCCACCAAAGCCAGAACCCAAAUCCAAAAAGACACCCACAAAGAAGGGAAAGAAUUUACCAAAAGGGAAGAAGGCUGACAAUAAUGGUGGGAGCAACCCUGCAGAAAAUGGAGAUGUCAAAACACCAGGCAUAGAAAGCUUGUAGGUGCUGGAGAUGCCGAGUGAAUUGUGUGAAUUUCUGAGAACUGUGUACUUUUGGUGACUCUACAGUUUGAAAUAUUAUUUUUGAUUAAGUUUUAUUAAAAUGAAGAAUUUUGUUUUACCUUUUUUUUAAGCUACAUUGUUAGAACACAGUAAGCUUUAUUGUUAUUUUUGGAGAAUAGGGCAGAUGUUACAGAUAGAUUGUCUCAGAAGCUGGUUAAAAUAGGUGGAGAUUUCUUCCCCUUCUAGUUUUUGAGAGGACUUCUCUUGAAUAUCAAGAGGGGAUUCAUACACACCAGAAGCAUAGGUAUGAACCUUGAAAUCCACAGCUUGUCCAGUAGGAAUAGGACUGGAUAUCUUUAAAAUUUUGUACUUCUUCCCUAUCUAUCAUAAGCAUCGAGUUGACUUCUCCAUCUGGGGGAGUAGGAUGGAGUAUGGUACUCUGUCUCUAAAAGGUUUGCCAUCACUGUCCUAGCCCAUUAACCCUUGUUCUCUAAAUGACCCUACCUUCUAUUACAUUUACCCAUAUUCAUCAAAUCAAAUGAGAUAACAUCUGGAAAGCACUUUGCAAAUGUUAAGGCAUCAUAAAAAUAUUAGCUAUUAUUAGCCACUAUUAUUUAUGUGUUACAUUUAUUAUAUAUUUUAUUUAUUCAUCAUCACUCUUGUUAUUCCUUAUUCUUCCCAGUAGAAUAUAAGGCAGAAGCUAUAAUUUUUUAUCUAUAUGUCAUCAGGGCGCUGUAGAUAUUGGGCACAUGAUUAAAUCACUAUAAACAGAGAAGCAUAAAAAAUGAAAAAUUAAUGGAGAACUAUGUUAGGCUCUGGAGAGAUAUAAAAUUUAGAUCUGAUGUGGUCCUUGCCUUCAAAAAACUUAGUUUCAUAUGAGGAAAUAACUAAUAUAAAAUAAUGCACCAGUGCUUAAGAGGAAUACAAACUGCCAAGUGAAGUCUGAACACUUCCUCAAGAAAGUGGCUUUUUGGCUGGACUCUGUAAAAGGAUAGAUAUGUGAAAUGAAUAGGUAAAAAAGAGGUGCAUAAAGCAUGCCAAGUGUAAAGAAUACAAAACAAAGGCAUAAAAGUGGCAAAUUGGAACGUAUUUAUUAUAGAUAAAGAAUAGGCCAGUUUGAUUGGAGUAAAAACCAAGAGAAGAAUAUGGUAGAAUAGGGUAGAGUAGUGUCACAUCCUGAUAGGUUUUAAAUAACAAUCAAGUAAGUUCAGUCUUUAUUUGGUAGGUCAUGGGGACCCACCCAGUGCUUUGGGCAAAAAGGAAUGGUAUAACCAGAUCUAUGUCUGGCAAAAAUCAUAAAGAUAUAUCUGAUGAAGGAAAGAAGAAAAAUGACUUGUUAGGAAUGAUGGCAAUAGUCCAAGUAAGUAAUGAGUAUCUGUACUGUAUCAGAAUAGAAAAGAGGAGACAGAUUUGAGAGACACUGUAGUUGUGGAAUCAAAAGAUAUGAUAGCUUUCAUUUAUUCGUGACUAGGUGAUUUGUAGCAUCCUUGUCAUGAGUACUGAAGUCAAAAGAAGGGAGCAGGAAGUUUUGAGGGAAAAUGUCAUGUGUCUGGCAUCCUUUGAAGUCAAUGGUGCCAAUGCAAAUUAAAGAUACCUUCAUAACUGCAAAGAUCAUGAGAAUGAUUUUUGAGACGAUACUUGUUUGUUUUGUUCAAUAAUUUCUUAACUUCAAAAUGCACAUACAUCAUACAUCAGCAUUGGCAACAAAGUGGUAUAGAAACACAAUUUUGAUUUUUUUGUAAUUUUAAAUUUUCCUCAUUGGUUGGAAAGAUGGUUAAUUUCAAAAGUACACAUAAACUUUGAACAGAAUUGGAAAUUUUAACUAAAAUAAAAUACUAAGAAAAGAAAGGCUGAAGCUUUAUCUUUUUCCCUUGAUGUUUUUAAAGUUAAUGAAUUAUUUUGCAUAUGCUACCUAAAUUAAUUUUGGAAAGUUUAAUUGACAUUUUUUUACAUCAGUAAUUUCCCCAAUAUUGAAAGAACCAUCAUACUCAAACUUCUCUUAUGUACCCCUCCACCAUCUUCAAUUCCCUUGUAAUGAAAAAAAUUGAAUGAGAAAAAGAUAACAUCUGACAGAAUAUGCAGUCUCUUGUUACUAAAAGGAGGGGAAGUGUGUAUGUUCUGCUCAUAUUGUUUUUUUUUUUUAAUUUGCUUUCUGGCACUCAGCUCAGUUAUUAUAAUUUGGGUUCAGCUGCUCUUUACUGUUAUUUUCAUUCAAAGUCAUUAUUGGUAUUGUUCUCCUGGUUCUAUUUACUUGACUUUGCAUCUGUUCACACAAAUUUUCUUAUGUAUCUUUGAAUUUCUUAUUUAAAAAAAUUUUUAUAGUGCAUGAUAUUAUAUUACAUGGAUUUACCAUAAUAUUUUGGGCCAUUUCUCUAUCAGUGAGCUACCAUUUUAUUUUUAUUUUGCCACUCCAAAAAGGGCUAUUAUAACUAUUUUUUUGCAUAUUUCUAUUUCUAUAACCUUUCUUUCCCUCUUUUACUUCCUUGGGUAGAGUCAAUGGAUAUGAACAAUAGAGUGACUUUACUUACAUGAUUCCAAAUUAAUUUUUCAGAAUGGUUGGAUCAAUUCCCUAUUCCUACCUUAUAUUACAUAUGAGGUCAAAUCUCUAAAUUGUUUCUUUUGUUAUUAAUGAUAUAUGGUUUUGAUCUUUUUCAUUUCUCUUAAAAAACUGCUUAUCCCCUUUCUAGGAUCAUAUAGAUUUGGUCUAGAAAGGACUUAAAGACCAUUCAGUUCUCAUUUGUCAGAUGAGAAACCUGAGGCUUAGAGAGGUAAAUAACUCAUCCUGGGUCACAGAACCAUUAAAUGUCUGAGGCAGGAUUUAACCUGGGUCUCCCCAACUUCUAAUUCUAGAGAUCCCUCCACUGCACAAUGCCGCCUCUUUAGGUACUGGGGGAAUAGUUCUUACUUUGACAUUUGGGUUUCCAUUCCCUCUAUAUUUUGAGUACCAUGCUUUUAGCAGACAUUUCUCAUAUACAUUUUUUCUCCCAAUUGGUCAACUUCUCUUCUUGGUCAAGCUGUUAUCAUUUUUUAUGCAUAAUCUUUUUUAAUCCUUUUGAUUUAAAUGGUCUGUUUUAUAUGGAAAGAUCCCCUUUAUCCUUUGGUUAAAAAUGCUCCCUU